GGAAGAAUACCGAAGUCAUUCAGCGUGGUUGUGUUUACAGGCGUGUUGUUUACUUGGCGCCUGCAGGUUUGCGCUGUAAAUAAACCGUUAAUUUACGAUAAUUAAUCCUUUAGACGUUUAUAUUAUCAUUCAAAGAAUAGUAACGUAACCUGCUUUCUUUUGUAUAGCAGCCACAGCUCUCUGCUAUCAAUGUCGAGGUAGGUUUAUGUGAAGGAUUUAGGUCUACUCGAAAUAGACGGAUUGCUUUGCUCUCAGUAAAAGAACUUACACGGAAAUAAAUCACCGAUAGAAUUCUAACAUUAUUUUAAUGGUGUGCGGCGACACUAGCAGGCUUAAAAUCCGACUCAAAUCUCGUUUGUCAUGUAUUAGCAUCUCUUCGUGUUUCGCACAGGUGUGUUACAGAUGUUUUAAAAAUCUCAAGUAAGCAAAAAAAACAUUACUGCCGUACGUUUUUAACGUUUCCCGAUUUGCAUGUAUCCUCUCAUUUUGAAAUUGCCCUCAUUUUCAUUGACUUUUGCUUUAUAACAAUGACACGGUAUGACAUGUGUCUUCAGUUACAUUGAAGCAGGUUUUGAUAACGUUUUAUUUCUGCCUCUUUUACCCUCAGGAGUAAGUAAAAACAUUUUAGAUAUAUUGAUCAUGAAGCAGGUUAGUGAGGCUGUGAAUGUCCCUGCAUGCUUCAUAUCAAACCAUGAAGGCUUUCUUGGAAGCAUCAAAAACUUCAUUGAGGAUUUUGUGGUGACUGAAAUAGAUAUCUAUGGACAGCAUGUUAACACAGCAGCAGCCACACAGACACCGGGCUGUGCCUCUUCAGUUGGAAAUGACAGAACCAAUGCAGAAUAUAAAGAGGACAGUCAUUCUUCAGCCUCACAGGAUGCUGAUGUCCCUCUGGAUUGGGGGGUACACGACCCACUCCCUAGUCUAGGGAGUUUAGAUUUAGGUGUGAUUUUAGGUCAGUCGGUCAGUGAGGAGCUCGAGCAGUUUGUGUUAACUCUCAGAGAUAAAAAUCCACCUGAGCUGGAGCUCUCCCUUGGUUCCUUUGCUGACAAACACCAGAGAGCCAGUGUCCACCGAGCUGUCAGACACCGCUUCCCUUUUCUCAUGACUGUCACCAUUCAGCCUGAGAUCAGGGUGAGGGAGGACCCAGACUACAGAGAGCUCUCCCAGCUUGUUAAGGAGGAUGAGGCUGAGGACUUUUUCAGAUUUAUAGAUGCCAAAGUGAGAGGUUCGUCCUAUACGUUUGGACCUGAUGACAAUAAGGAGCACAGGACGGCAGUCCAUCACUUCCUGAAUCGAAGGUUCGGGAAACUGGUGGAGACUAAAAGCUUCAAUGACCAGGGGAGGACAUCGAUCUCAGUUAGGCUGAGGGAGCGAGGGAGGCCAAAGAAGCGAACAGCAGAGGAACGUAAAGAUGAUGAAGUUUACACUGCAUUCACUCUGUGUAAGGAAAACCUUGAGACUCUGGAGGCCAUCAGCUACAUGGCAGCAGCUCUCGGGGUCCUGCCAUCUGAUUUCACCUAUGCUGGGAUCAAGGAUAAGAGAGCAAUCACCUACCAGUCCAUGGUGGUAAAGAAGGUCUCACCUCAACGGUUGAAAGAGAAGAAUGCAGAGUUUCAGAACAGAGGGAUCCGCGUGUUUCAGGUGCGUUCUGUCAGCGAGCCUCUCCGGCUUGGACGACUGCAGGGGAAUCACUUCGACCUGGUUGUCCGGGACCUGAGACCACACGGUGCCGGUGACACGCACUCCUCUGGUGGAGACGUGCACACACGGCUGGCAGCACUGGUGAAAGAAGCAGUGGAGAAUGUCAAGGCCAGAGGGUUUGUCAACUACUAUGGACCACAGAGGUUUGGGAGUGGACAGAGCGUUCAGUCUGAUCGAGUAGGACUAGCUCUACUGAAAGAGGAUAUGGUGAGUGCUGUACGUCUCUUCUUCACUCCAGAGGAAGGCGAUGAUCCUCAGAGUCAUGCAAAGAGACACUUCCUCCAAACAGAUAAUGCUAAGGAGUCCUUAGCUUUGAUGCCAUUGUCCAAGCCCAGGGAGCGGUUGAUGCUGCGGGCUCUGAACCGCUAUGGUACAGGUCCUGAUGGAUGUGACCAAGCCUGGCUCAGCCUGCCACACAGCAUGAGGAUUUUCUACCCUCACGCUUACUGUAGCAGAGUUUGGAACGAGGCGGCGGCACACAGGCUAACUACAAUGGGUCAUAUUGUCCGAAGAGGUGACCUGGUGUGGUUACGACAAGGUCAAAACAAAAUGGAAGAUGCUAGAGAAACCAGCAUGGCUCAGAUCCAUGUGGUGACAGAUAAAGAGGAGCAAGACGGUAUCUAUAAACUAGAACAAGUAGGGAGUGUUUGGAGCUAUUUGUGUCUCUGCCAAAUGCUGUUUUUUGUACACUACAGUAACACUGCAGUUGCUACUUGUUAUAUUAUUGUUCUGCCAGGUUGUGUUACCGAUGCCAGGAAACACUGUGAAGUAUCCAGAAAAUGCCAUGGGAACUUGGUACCGAGAGAGGCUGGUCAGAGAUGGACUGGAAGAUUGCCGCUUCAGAGUCAGCAGCCUCAAACUGAACCUGCCUGGCUGCUACCGCCCCCUGCUGGCAGUGCCGCACAACCUCAGGUAUCAGCUGCAGAGAGCAGCCAGCAGAGAGGGUGGAAGAACGAUGGCAGGUUCGGAGUCGCUCACUCUCACGUUAAACGUCGACUUGGACUCCUCGUGCUAUGCUACCAUCUGCCUCAGAGAGAUCAUGAAGUGUGACCCCUGAAGGUUAAAGGAGGACAUAGCUGUUGUAUUUGUUUGAAGGAGAAGAAAACAGCUUUUCUACAAUACUUUGUACUUUCAUUGACCGUUAUUAUGUUACUAGUAGUCUUUUAGUUUGUUGUUGAAGACCGUAAGUAUAAAGAAAAAUCAUAUUGUGCACUUCAAAAAGCAUAAUGAAAGGAGGCCACUGCCAAAUGUGAACAAAUGUAUAUGUAAAAGAAUUCAUGCAGUAUGUUUCUCGUGCCAUAAAUAAAUCCUGUAAAACAACAAAGUUUCUGAUUUUUUUUUAAAAAAAUUCUGUAUUUUCAUUCAGAAUGUUUAAGUUUGAAAUCUUAAAAACACAAUUUGAGUGGUUCAACUCCACACUCUCCAUCUUAAAGAUAAUAAAGCAUUGACCUAAAAUUUCAGAAAUUAACUGCAAUCUUAA